AGCUGAACAUUGGGGAAAUCUGAGUGUCUCAAUACUGUGUUAAUGUGUAACUAAGUGGACUGGUCAUCAUGCAAUAUAUGUUAUUUAAACACUGGCUAGAGCCUCAGUCCACCAUAGUCCAGCUCUAGAAUCAGCAAAGCAUCUGAAGGCACACCGGAAGGAUUUCCCAUUUAGAUGAACAAGAUGUUCCUCGCUCUCUUAAUAGUUUCCUGCUUUGCAAUGGGAACAACCAAUCGAGUGUAUGUCCACCCCUUCAACCUCUUUAGCUCUGAAAACAUCAGCUGUGAGGUUAUCCGGAAUGAGGAACACAAGCCCAUCGAGACUGUCCAUCCACUGACUCCUCUUCAGGACAGCACUGAGCCAGACUCACGAUCCAGCAGCACCACAGAGAACCUGAAAAACCUCACCCAACGGACUGCUGUGUUAGCAGAACUGCAGAAUUCACUCGGGCUACGCAUGUACCAGGCACUUAGUCGUACACAGAAGCAUACCAACACACUGCUGUCUCCCCUAAAUGCCUUUGGGGCUUUGGUGACCCUCUACCUGGGAGCAUCCAAAAAGACUGCUAUUUCCUACCAACAGCUGUUAGGACUCAACCUGGAGUCUGAACAGGCGGACUGUGCAUACUUCAUUGAUGGACACACAGUGUUGCGUACGCUGCAGGCCAUCAGCGCGCAGGUAGACCAAUCACGAAAUGAGCUCAGGACCCUCGUGUGGACUUUCAUUAACAGCGACGCUGACCUUUCCAAAGACUUUUUACGUGGAACACAAGAUUUCUCAGAUGACUCUUUUGUCCGAGCAGUGGACUUCUCAAAGGCAAAGGAAGUUGAGGUGCAGGUGAACAACUUUAUUCAGAAAACAUCAGACAGCAAGGUUAAGGACCUGUUUAAGGGUGUUACUCAAAAAACAGACCUGUUGUUUGCUAGUUCAGUGCAUUUUAAAGGUAACUGGAAAACUGCUUUCCGACCUGAAGCAACCAGUGAUCAGAAGUUCUGGACUCAUGAGAACUCAAGUGUCGAAGUCCCCUUCAUGAUGCAUACUGGAAACAACAUGUACUACAAUGAUGUUGGCAGGAAGUGCUCUAUAGUCAAGCUUGGUCUCAGUAAGAGAACCUAUAUGCUACUAGUGCUGCCUCAUGAGGGAGCUAGUCUGCAGGACAUUGAGAAGCAGCUCUUAACAGUCAUACCUACAUGGCAUCGAAAUCUAAAAGAAACAAAUCUGGAACUAUCUUUGCCCAAAUUCUCCUUGACGGCUGUGACAGACCUGAGAUCAGUUCUAUCUGAAAUGGCAGUGGAAAAAUACCUCAUGGGCUCCGAUGCCAACUUCAGAAGACUGAGCAGCAAGGAGAACUUCACCGUUGAUAAGGUCCUCAACAAGGUUGUGUUUGAGAUGACAGAAGGAGGUUCUGAGGUUCAGAACAGAACUGAAGAUGAAAUGGUUCCCCAUAAAGUCACGGUCAACCGGCCGUUCUUCUUUGCUAUUGUCGAGGGCAACUCUAAUGCCAUACUCAUGCUCGGCAAAAUCAUCAAUCCAACAACCUAAAAAUCUCUGUUCUGGUGGCGACUUUACAUUAUAUUACAAUAUAAACGGUGUUUUAAUGUUUCCAUUCAACUAAUAAGCAUUUGUUAAAACAAUGGACAGCAUCAAGUCAACCUGUUAUAUCUUUGCUCAGGCAGAUUUUUUAGUGAUUUUCAGGACUUGGAUGUUUUAUAUUUUAGUAUCUGCUAAUUCAAAAUGUUUAAUAUAGAGUUUGUUUCUAUGUAUAACAUGGUUACUUGAAUUAACUGCAAUUAUUUUAAUGAUGUAUUCAUAAUAAGAAAUAUGUACAAACUCCAUUUAUGUACUGUUAAAACAAAUUAAAUUUGAAUAUUUA